GGGAGCUAGUAGUCUGUUGCCGUCAUUCUUACCCGCUGCCUAGUUUUUCUUUUUUACGUUUUGGUAGGAAGUUGGCUGUGAAAUUUAUUCUCGUAAUGGCUGCCACGCUAAAUGUGUAGCAUAUUGGUUAUGUCAUGUUUAUAGAAUUGGUGUUCAUGUGUGAAAUUUCAAUAAUUCAACAAGUGUUUCGAACAAUGAUCAUAUGAAAGCAGCAUAAUCUCAAUCUCCCUAGAACGUUUCCUCUUUCAUGUUUCCUUUUUUGGCAAUUAAGUUAUGGACUCGGCGUUUGUGUACUGUAUGUAAUAAAAACAUAAUCUAUGCACCGUGAUAAGUGCUCCUAUGAACCAUAUUGAGUCCCAAGUGCUUUGUCACUAGCUAAAAUGACGGAUACGCGGUCGUCAUCGGCGCUUUUCAAGCGAGCGGAGCAGUUGAAAAGAUGGGAGGAAUCCGACACCAACAAACAGUCACCAAUGCCCAAGAGGGCAUCAAGGAUCCAGUUUUCAUCGGGGAUAGUGUUCUUGGCGGCGUGUACGGCGGGCGACAAAGAUGAGGUCCAGAGGCUGUUGAAAAUGGGUGCAGACAUCAACACCGCCAAUGUUGACGGCUUGACUGCACUGCAUCAGGCGUGCAUCGAUGACAACCUGGAUAUGGUGGAGUUCCUGGUGAAGCACGGGGCUGACGUGAACCGCGGCGACAACGAGGGCUGGACCGCGUUGCACGCCACGGCCUCCUGCGGCUUCCUCAGCAUAGCCAGGUUCCUCUUAGAAAAUGGUGCCGAUGUGGGUGCAGUCAACUACGACGGAGAGCUAGCCGUCGAUAUAGCAGAGAGUGACGAAAUGGAGGAACUCUUACAGAAAGCUAUUGACGAGAAAGGUGUAGACUGCGAGAAAUCCCGUAACGCCGAAGUGGACACCCUUCUGAAUGAUGCGAGGAACUGGGCCGCCAAUGGUUACGUGGAAGUCAGGGAUCCUAAGACUGGUGGAACGCCUUUACACGUCGCUGCGGCUAAGGGUUACAUUGAGGUGGCGAAAAUGCUGCUAGAAGAUUGCAACGCGUCGCCUGACAGUGUCGACUACGAGGGCUGGACUCCAUUGCACGCGGCGGCGCUUUGGGGCCAGAAAGACGCGGCAGCACUGCUGCUAAAGUACGGCGCCGAUCCACAACUCAAUAAUUAUUCGGGUCAAACCUGCAUGGACCUAGUUGAUCCGAGCAUAUCGGCGUGGCUCGCGGACGCCACACUGAAGGCGCCGCGUCGCGUCAACAACAACAACAACAACAACAACAAAAGGAAAUGCAGCCCUCCGAGGCACGAGGUCAAGAGGGUCGAGCUGGAGAUCACAGGGCAGACAGACAACAAUGUUAAUGAGAAACCGCCGGCCGCACCAGAAAUAAUAACAAAGAUUGCGGACGGGAAGCCGCCCAAGGGGCGCGCGCCGUCCCCCGACGCGACGGAAAACUCUGAGAACGUUCUAGAAGAGGCGCCCUCGUGGCGUAGGUCGGCGUCUUUCAGAAACAGACAACCAGACGCCACUAGAGAGAAUAAGUCCGCAAACAAUAACGCCGUAUCAGUUGACAACGAGACCAUAUUGAGAAGAACGCACAGUUUUGAAAAUGACAAAACAGGCCGUCUCGACAGAGUCAGCUUGUUAAUAAGCAGGUUCGAUAGUACAAGGCCUAAGAGCCACGGGAAUUUACUGGAUGAUUUCUAUCAGCGGUACCGUGACGUCACGGCGCGCAUUAAGGCCUCCUCUUGCCCGUCGAUACCGCCGCUCCGGUCGCCACUGCGGUCGACCCUGGCCGCCAUGGAACUCAGGAUAAAGAACCAGGAGACUAACAAUGCGGAGAAUACUAACGUCGAUGUUCAGACCAGAAUUAGCCCCACAGAGAGAAGAGACAGAGACGCAAACACUUGGACGGCUCCCUCUACCACGGCCGGUUACACUAAACCUAGUACAACCGUGCAGACCACAGUUAGAAGAUCCUUCGUGCCACCGGUGCGUGAUGAGGAAAGUGAAACGCAAAGGAAGGCGCACGCGAAACGCGUCCGUGAGACCAGGCGCUCGACACAAGGUGUCACCCUUGACGAGAUCAAGUCGGCCGAGCAACUGGUGAAGAAGAAAGCCGGAAACGGAACCACGGAGAGCCCCUCCCCCGCCAGCCUCAAGAAAGAAGACGCCCCAGUGUCUAGUCCAGAUAAUGGAACCGCGCGCGGCGGCGACGUGGCCGUGACUCUCGCGCUGGCGGUCGCGCACGCCACCGCCACGGCGACUAUAGCGGCGAACAGCGAGCGGCGGCCCUCGUGGCGGCUACGCCUCGACCCCGCCAAUAAGUUCGAAUUGGAGGACGCGGGCCGGUCGUCACCGCGCAACGUUACGCCCGCUACGACUACCGCGAGCGCCGCUACGACGACCGCUACUACCACGGCGGCUACGGAGGCCACCGUGACAUUGCCGCUGAGACGUCCCCCCGCGGGUUCCACGGCGAACACCACCGCUACACCCGCCAAGGAGGAGAGAGAAAAAGGUGAUGAAGACAAAGACCGCGAGGGCAGUGUGGACAGCAAGAGUUCGAAUCCUUCGCCGGCGAGCACGCAGGCCGCUCUCAACGUCAUACAGCGCAGGCGGCGGCCGAAACGAAGGUCCACGGGCGUCGGACAUGUAGAUAUGGAUGACAUAGUGAACGACCGCGGCGGGGGCGGCGAGGGCGACGUUGACUCAGAAUCUCUUCAGUCGGGCAGCGAGCGCACAGAAGAAGGCGAGGAUCGGGAUUACAAAGCGCUGUACGAGGCGUCGUCGAACGAGGUCCGGCGCCUGCGCAGCUCUCAGGGCGGCGGCGACAAGGCGGACGACGGCGACAAGGACUACAAGGCUCUGUACGAGGCGUCGAUGCUGGAGGUCCGCCGCUUGAGGGAGCUGCUGGCGACUUCGGAGCAACAGCUGAGAGACGCGCGCGCUACUAUCACAAGGCUUACGCAAGUGAAUCAAAAUUCGCUAUCUGAGAUCGAGAAGCGAGAGAAGCGAGCCAUGGAGAGGAAACUUUCGGAGAUGGAAGAAGAGUUAAAGUUCCAACAGGCUCUGCAGGCCGAGAAUCAGCGGUUGAAGGAUGAGAACGGAGCGUUAAUCAGAGUGAUCAGCAAAUUGUCCAAGUGAAGGUUGGCCCUCGCCCAGGGGACCACCUCAAGCAACUCCGACCGGAGGCCGAACACCGAUAUCACACGAUAAAACACCUAUAUGCUCCAUGCUCCAAUUAUACUAACAAUCGCGAGCACCAACUUUGAACACGAUGUAAAGAAUUCCUAUUUGGUAGGCGCGUUUUAGAUACACCUAUCUCUUUUACUCUUUAUACGUGAUGUAAAGUCAAUUAAACAACUUUUGUUAGUAACAUCAGUGGUUACACCUACGAUGAAAUUCGCCGUCGCUAGCGCCAUAUAAAGCGAUAUGAAGUUUAUCGUUGGUAUCUCACCGCUAAGGGUAAAUAUGAAUUUACAGUUAAUAUGCCUACAAUGUAUUCGUACUGCUAUACCUAUCCUAUGAAUGUUUGUAUUUAUAGCAUAUAUUUAGUUGUUUUAUUCCGAUGCAUUCAUUUAAUGUGCCUUCAUUUUAAGUGUUAUGUACUUAUUUCCUAUCUUCCUAUAUGUACUUAGAACAAGUAAAGCAAACGUACUGACAUCAGGUACCUCGCGGCGACGUGUCAGCCACAAACGAGGUGUGGUGUCAAACAUAGUUAUUAUGAUCUGUAGGUUUCCUUUGUGUUGAUAUUUCGGUGUAUUCCUAAACGAUGUAAGUGUAAAGUAGGGUAGAUCAUAUUGUCAGCGAAACCUGCCUGCGUCGACCUUAUCAUAUUUAUGUACUUUAUUUAAUGGCAUUUUAUCAAUGUCUUGUAAAUCGAAAUGUUAUGGAUUGUACGUUAUUAUAAUCUCAGUUUGAGCAUUAACAAUGAUAUAAUUUUAAUGGUAAUAUAACUCUUUUUAUAAUUUAUCAAAAUCGAUGAAAUAUGAAAUGAAAGAUUUAUGUGUUGUAUAAAUUUGUAGCACAUUUAACUUAACGGUUCUAAAAUUUGUUCUUUAAAGUUUUAUUUAUUUCCAGUCGUAAGAGUUAAAUGAAAUAAACUUCUUGAUUAAUUUA